CUAAAUUACACAUAUAUAUUGGUGAUUGAUAUAUUUAAAAAAUAUUGCGCACAAUGGUUCGACAAGUUUUUACUGGUUCUGUGAUUCAUGCAGAUCAAAAUGAAGAAGUGGUUUUUAAAGAGAGUGUUACGAUAUUUGUCGAGGAUGGCCAGAUUGUUGAUGUUACGGAAAAUUCAAAUCAACAGAAGAUAGAUGAUUUUCACGCAGAUGAAGUUAAUAAUUUAUCACCAGGACAAUUUAUAAUUCCUGGAUUUAUCGAUGGCCAUAUACACGCAGUGCAAUUUCCGAAUAUUGGAUUGGGUUUAGGUAAAACUCUCUUCGACUGGCUGGAAGCCUCUACUUUUCCAUUGGAGAAGCAGUAUAUUGAUCAACGAUUUGCAGAAAAAGUGUUUGAUAUAGUUGUGAGACGAUGUAUACAAACUGGAACAACAACAGCAUGUUAUUUUGCAGGUCUGUAUACCGAGGCAUCGGUGAUUCUCGCAAAGAAGUGUUCACAGUUUGGUCAACGAGCCUUCGUUGGAAAAGUAAACAUAAACACUCCACGAGAUGAUGGAUAUUACGAAAGCACGGAAAAAUCAAUCGAGACUACUAAGACCUUCAUAAAAGCUGUCGAAGAAAUAGGAAAUCCUCUUGUAAGACCAAUUAUUACGCCAUGUCAGGCAUUGAAGUGCGACAUGGAAUUAAUGCAAGAGCUGGCAAAGAUUGCUAAAGAAAAGGAUUUACAUAUACAGAGUCACAUUAAUGAAACUAAAGAUGAGGUAGAAAGAGUAAAAAAAGAAUUUGGAGACACAUGCACUGCAGUUUAUGAUUCCGCUGGUCUUCUUACCAACAAGACAAUAUUAGCACACGGAAUCUUCUUUGAGGAUAAUGAACUUAACACGCUUGCGAAACGAGGAACAGGUAUAAUUCACUGUCCGUCUUCGAAUAUAAAUUUGAAAAGCGGUCUUUGCGAUGUGCGGAGAUUGAAAGCUAAUAAUAUCAACGUUGGCCUUGGAACAGAUGUGUCUGCUGGAUCAACUUACAGCAUCUUGAAUGAAAUGGAAUCGGUUUUGCAGGUAUCAACUUCUCUAUCUCUAAUGGGACAUGAUAAUGUACCAUUUGAUUACAAAGAUGCCUUCUUUAUGGCAACAUUAGGAGGUGCUAAAGCGCUUUCGAUUGAGGACAAAGUCGGUAAUUUCAUGCCAGGCAAAGAAUUUGAUGCUCUUGUCAUAGAUUUGAACGCAGAAAACAGUUUGUUGGAUAACUUUACAGAUUACACACUCGAGGAAAAUCUCCAAAGAUUUAUAUAUUCGGGGAAUGAUCAUAAUAUAGUGUCUGUUUAUGUAAAAGGUAGAAAAGUUAAGUAAAAGAUAUCUUAUUUUAUAAGAUGUUACUUUUGUACUGUUACCAUUAAACGUUAAUUCAGUAAUGUAAAUAAGCUGUUGAAUAAAUUAUAAAAUGAUCC